GGCCUGUCCCAAACGCGGCCAAGCCGCGGGCCCUGCGCCCUCCCCCUCCGCGGAGCCGGCCCGAGGGCGCAUUUGGUGAGAGUCUGGCGGCCUCUACCGGAGCGCCUCUGCAGAGGAACGUUCCUCAAAGCCGGAGACGACAUGUGGCGCUCGGGAGAGCACCUUGCAGAACAAGGAGUAGCUUGCUGGCUUUGAACGCGUGGCAAAUAUUUCAGAAAGCCUCAAGAUCAAGUUGGAGAAAGGAACAGCUAUUCUUCCAAAUUCGUCCACCUCAGCUAUUAUUCUCAUUGGGAAUGGACAAUGGAAUGUUCUCUAGCUUUAUCAUGAUCAAAAACCUCCUUCUCUUUUGUAUUUCCAUGAACUUAGCCAGUCACUUUGGCUUUUCACAAAUGCCAACCAGUUCCAUAAAAGAUGAGACCAAUGACAACAUCACGAUAUUUACCAGGAUCCUGGACGGGCUCUUGGACGGCUAUGACAACAGACUGCGGCCUGGGCUCGGAGAACGAAUCACCCAGGUGAGAACGGACAUCUACGUGACGAGCUUCGGCCCAGUGUCCGACACGGAAAUGGAAUAUACCAUAGAUGUGUUUUUCCGACAAAGCUGGAAAGAUGAAAGGCUUCGGUUUAAAGGGCCCAUGCAGCGCCUCCCUCUCAACAACCUUCUUGCCAGUAAAAUCUGGACCCCGGACACGUUCUUCCACAACGGGAAGAAGUCCAUCGCCCACAACAUGACCACGCCCAACAAGCUGCUGCGGCUGGAGGACGACGGCACGCUGCUCUACACCAUGCGCUUGACCAUCUCUGCAGAGUGCCCGAUGCAGCUCGAAGACUUCCCGAUGGACGCCCACGCCUGCCCUCUGAAAUUUGGCAGCUAUGCGUACCCUAAUUCCGAAGUGGUCUAUGUCUGGACCAACGGCACCACCAAGUCAGUGGUGGUGGCAGAAGACGGCUCCAGGCUGAACCAGUACCACCUGAUGGGGCAGACGGUGGGCACCGAGAACAUCAGCACCAGCACAGGCGAAUACACAAUCAUGACGGCUCAUUUCCAUCUGAAGAGGAAGAUUGGGUACUUUGUCAUCCAGACCUACCUCCCCUGCAUAAUGACCGUGAUCUUGUCACAAGUGUCCUUCUGGCUGAACCGAGAAUCGGUCCCCGCCAGGACAGUGUUUGGGGUGACCACCGUGCUGACCAUGACAACCCUCAGCAUCAGCGCCCGCAACUCUCUGCCCAAAGUGGCGUACGCGACGGCCAUGGACUGGUUCAUCGCGGUGUGCUACGCCUUCGUGUUCUCCGCGCUGAUCGAGUUCGCCACCGUCAACUAUUUCACAAAGAGAGGCUGGGCCUGGGACGGCAAAAAAGCCUUGGAGGCAGCCAAGAUCAAGAAGAAGGAGCGUGAACUUACACUAAAUAAAUCAACAAACGCUUAUACUACUGGCAAGAUGACCCACCCCCCAAACAUGCCAAAGGAGCAGACCCCGGCGGGGACCACGAACGCAUCGGUCAGACCUUCGGAAGACAAGACUUCUGAAAACAAAAAGACUUACAACAGCAUCAGUAAGAUCGACAAGAUGUCCCGAAUCAUAUUCCCAGUUCUGUUUGGCACUUUCAACCUAGUUUACUGGGCAACGUAUUUGAAUAGGGAGCCGGUGAUUAAAGGGGCUACCUCUCCGAAAUGACCUGCCGUGCCCCCACACUCCGAGAGCCAUACGUCCCGUGGACCAGCACCAAGGGGAGGUUGAGCUCGGGGACUUGCCAUGUCUGGGCACUAUCUUUCAGGAAAUUUUUGCAUGUUUAAUAAUAUGUACAAAUAAUAUUGCCUUGAUGUUUCUACAUAUAACGUCUGAUGUUUCAAAGAUGUCACAUUGAUAAAUAAAUCAAACCACUUUGGUGACAAUGGCUCUGACACUCAGAUGCUCAGUAUCUUACAUUGAUAGUUUACAAACAAGUAUAUUUUUAACUGUUCCAAGUGUUACCUAACAAUGUUUUUUAUACUUCAAAUGUCACUUCAUACAAAUUUUCCCAGCAAACAAAUAUUUUAGGAAAUGCUCCAUGAUUAUUACUUGACCAGCUCUCAAAGACACAGAAAUCACAGAGAGCACAUUUUUUCAUUGAAAAGGACACUGUGGGCAUUUAUGUACAAAACGAAUUGCCUUUGAUAAUUCUUACUGUUCCGAAAUGAAAAGUGCUGCAUGAUGUUACGUUAAGAAGUAGAAUAAACAAGUAUUAUGCAGACAGAUUUAAUAACAGAAACACGUGGUAUAUUAGAUGAACAGAUAAAAUAUUUCCCCAAGGAAAACUUUAACUUCUUAAAAAACUUUUUUUGGUAGGGAGGGAAGAAACUUAACUUCUCUCCUCCCGAUUUCUCCAACUAACUGAACAAUGACCAAGGAAGAAAAAGAAACAAAAAGGAGUGUGGUGACAGUCCUGGCAUUUAGCCCGAGCAUCCACUGUCUGAAACACCGACCACACCUCGCUGCGGCCAGCGUGUAGCGCUUCAGUGGUGAGAGGUUGUAACUGAGUUAUUUUCCGUUUUAUUUCCUUGUAUGUAUUUCAUGAUUGACUUACUGCUCUGUUAGCUUUUGUAUA